GUCAGACAGUGUUCGUUUGGACAGCGAGUGAGACAGACGUCCUGCGCGCGCGGAGAAGAAGGAGACAGACAGAGAGGAAGAGAGGGAGAGAGAGAAAGGAGGAGUUUUAAGCCCUAUUUUGACAUCAGCUGACAAGUUAGAGAAGACGCUGCUGGUGCAGGAUGAAGCCGGCGGUGUGGUACAUGAUGAUGAUCAUCGUGGGCUUCUUCUACGUGUACCUGACGGCCAUCCAGUACAUCCGCGGCCAGGAGCUGGACGAGCCCCCGAGUAACUACCUGCCGCAGUACGACCCACAGUACUUCGAUGAGAACCUCUUCAGCCCGACGACCAGCCUGGACUUCGAGUACCACGACUACACGAGCAUGACCUCCUUCCUGAGGGCCAUGAGCGCCACCUACCCCAACCUGACGGCGCUCUACUCCAUUGGCAAGAGUGUGCAAGGUAAGAGAUAUUUUUGGUUCUUGUGUUACUUGGCCAAGAGUUACCACACGGACGACUACGUGCGGUGGCUGCUGGACAACACCCGCAUCCACAUCCUGCCCUCCAUGAACCCCGAUGGCUUCGAGGUGGCGAGGGAGGGCACGUGUCAGGGCGGACAGGGAAGGUACAACCCCAUUCACUUCCCCUCCCUGCUGUCUCCCCAGGUACAAACCCCCAUUCACUCCCCCCAGGUACACCCCAUCACCCAGCGCUCUCCCCCAGGUACAACCCCUACCCCUCACCCAGCUCCCCCCAGGUACAACCCCAUCACCUCCCCCAGCUAUAACCCCAUUCACCCCUUCCCCAGGUACAACUCCCGCGGCUUCGACCUGAACCGCAACUUCCCGGACUACUUCAAGCAGAACAACAAGCGGUCGCAGCCAGAAGCAGAAGCGGUGAAGCAGUGGGUGUCCAAGAUCCAGUUCGUGCUCUCGGCCAACCUGCACGGCGGCGCCCUCGUGGCCUCGUACCCCUUCGACAACUCGCCCAACACCAAUAUUCAGGAGUCUAUAGCAGAUAGCAAAGGAUGUCUCUUGAGUGGAGGAGAAAUCUGUAGUUUGUGUGAGAUUUCUGCCGUGUGCUCAUGUUGCGGACAGGCAGCCUAA